UAAUUUUCAAAGUAGCCGUUAGACUUACACCAUCUUCUCCCUUUACAAAAUAGAUGACCCCAAAAUGAUUAAAUUAAAUAUAUUUCCGGCAAGAACCAGCUCCUCCCCUCUCUCCCUUUCUCUCUCACACACACCCGCACAUGUUUGUUCUAUAAUCACACCAUCUUCAUUCUCCUCUAUAACUAUACAUACCACCAUUCUCUUUCUCUCUCCUUCACAAACAAAGAUGCUGAUAUCAAGAAAGAAUUUCAUUUCCGACACCAUAAUCUCAACCCCAUUAUUAUCCUCAUCAAUACCCAGCAUCGCCGCCAGCGAAUCCGACGAAGAAAGUCCGGUGACAUCCCACCGUUUCAUUCUCCAAGACUUCACAUUUCCCCAAAUCUCAUCCUCACCCUACAAAUCUCUCGCUGUCCUCUCCGGACAUAUCGGUUCCGUUUCAAGCCUAGCCAUAUGUGGAGAAUUCAUCCUCAGUGCAUCUCAAGGAAAAGACAUCAUCGUCUGGCAACAACCAGAUCUAAGACAGUUCACUAAAUUCGGACAAGGAGAUGGGUCUGUUAAAGCUCUUGUCGCGGUCGGAAACAGAGUAUUCACAGCCCAUCAGGACAGUAGAAUCAGAGUCUGGAGAGUAUCAAGAAAAUCCGAGAAUUUGUUUAGGCUUGUUGAUACUCUUCCGACAACAAAGGAUUAUUUGGGAAAAUUCAUGAAACAGAGUAAUUACGUUCAAACAAGAAGGCAUCAUAAGAAACUCUGGAUCGAGCACGCCGAUAGUAUAUCAUGUUUGGCUUUCCAUAACGGUCUGAUUUACUCUGGUUCGUGGGAUAAAACCUUAAAAGUAUGGAGGAUUUCGGAUCUGAAAUGUUUGGAAUCGAUUAAAGCUCAUGAUGAUGCGAUUAAUGGUCUUUUUGCUAGUAGAGGGAUAAUAUACUCUGCUUCCGCAGACGGAAAGAUCAAAGCUUGGAUGAAAGAGAAUCAAGAAUCAUCAUCAUCUCAUUCACUUAAAGGAAUCUUGGAAGGUCAUAAAGAUGUGUCAUUGAAUUCAGUUAUUGCAUCUGAAGAUGGGAGAUUCGUUUAUGGAGGUGGAUCAGAUGGGUAUUUGAUGGGUUGGUCAGGGAAUUUGAAUUUUGACAGUUGGAAGAAAAUUUGUGAAGUGAAUGCACAUAAAAUGGCAGUUCUUUGUGUUUGUUUGAUGGGGGGUGGAGAGUUUUUGUGCAGUGGAUCAGCAGAUAAGAGUAUUGGGAUAUGGAAGAGAGAAAAUGAUGGUGGUCUUUCUAAAGUUGGAAUGAUAAAUGGACAUGAAGGACCGGUUAAGUGUUUGCAGGCAUCAAAUCAUAGAAUUGGAGGUGGGUAUUUGUUAUACAGUGGAAGUCUUGAUAAAAGCAUUAGGGUUUGGUGGGUUAGCAAGCAAUCCUUCAAUGAGAAUGAUGAAAACAGAGACAAGAAACAAUCUUCUACUAUUUCAUGGUCUUAGGAAAGAAAAAUAAAUCAUGUUUUUAUGCACCAAGUCCUAUGUUUUUUUGGCGUCUAAGGUGCUUAUAGAGAUUCAAAGGUUUUACGUUUUCUUCUGGGUUUUGAAAAUUUGAGAUACAUGAACAAUAUAGGUAUUGUGAUUUUUUUUAUUUGUUUAUUUAAUGGGUGUUUUUCUUUUUUGAAUUGUAAUUUUAUUGAAUGAGAGUGGUUGAAUUCAACAAGUGUCAAGUUUCUUUUGGUUUUUUAAAGAAUGGGUUUGGUAGAUUUGUUGACUGAAUUUUCUUACAUUCUUUAUUGGGAAUGCAAUUUGUCAAAUAAAGUGGUUAUAGUUUGUU